AUGAAUCAUGAAACCGUCCAGAAGUCUGAUGCUAAGAUGCGAAGCUCUGAGCUACGUACCCUCGAAAUUUUGGGUUACCCUGUACGGAUUGUCCAAUCUGAGCCGCGUUUCAAAGUCGAAGUCAUCGUAAAGUCCUCUAACUUUGAUCAGGUGGGAAGCCCCGAUCCCCGGGUCGGGUGCACACUGCUCUUCACUUGCCCGGAUCAGUACCCUCAAGCGCCACCAACGGUCCGCAUUGUGAAGAAGAGGAAUUUUCCGGACUUCCUGGAUCUUCUGAUGCUCACGGAGUUUGGGAGAUUGAAGGGUUCGGGACGUGGCCGGCAGCAGAUCGUCCGAAUGGUCACAAAGGCUAGAGCCUUGGUGGAGCAAAUGGCGAGGCAAAUGAAAAAGGAGCUGCGUUUGUUUCAGGAUGCCGAAGAGUUGGAUGUGCUCUAA